CGCCGAGCAGGGCCAGGGCGGCCAGGGCAGCCUCCUGCCGCCGAGCCCCGAGCGCCGCCGACCGCGGACGCGCUUUCGGCCGGGAGCCGCGGCCGCCGCCAGCAGUGUUCAUGUUUGGGAUUCAGGAGAAUAUUCCGCGCGGGGGGACGACCAUGAAGGAGGAGCCGCUGGGCAGCGGCAUGAACCCGGUGCGCUCGUGGAUGCACACGGCAGGCGUGGUGGACGCCAACACGGCCGCCCAGAGCGGCGUGGGGCUGGCGCGGGCGCACUUCGAGAAGCAGCCGCCUUCCAACCUCCGGAAAUCCAAUUUCUUCCACUUCGUUCUGGCGCUCUACGACAGGCAGGGGCAGCCGGUGGAGAUCGAAAGGACCGCUUUUGUGGACUUUGUGGAGAAAGAGAAAGAGCCGAACAACGAGAAAACCAACAACGGCAUUCACUACAAGCUGCAGCUACUGUACAGCAAUGGCGUCAGAACAGAGCAAGAUCUCUAUGUCCGCCUCAUAGAUUCAAUGACCAAGCAGGCCAUCGUUUAUGAAGGCCAGGACAAGAACCCGGAGAUGUGCCGCGUGCUGCUGACCCACGAGAUCAUGUGCAGCCGGUGCUGUGACAAGAAGAGUUGUGGCAAUAGAAACGAGACGCCCUCAGACCCUGUAAUCAUUGACAGAUUCUUUCUAAAGUUCUUCCUCAAGUGCAAUCAGAACUGCUUGAAGAAUGCAGGCAACCCUCGGGACAUGCGGAGAUUCCAGGUCGUUGUAUCGACAACAGUCAACGUGGACGGCCACGUGCUGGCUGUGUCUGACAACAUGUUUGUGCACAACAAUUCCAAACACGGGAGGCGGGCCCGCCGCCUAGACCCGUCAGAAGGUACGGCCCCUUCUUAUCUGGAAAAUGCCACUCCGUGCAUCAAGGCCAUCAGCCCCAGUGAAGGCUGGACCACGGGGGGCGCCACUGUGAUCAUAAUCGGGGACAACUUCUUUGACGGUCUACAAGUUGUGUUCGGAACUAUGUUGGUGUGGAGUGAGCUGAUAACCCCCCACGCCAUCCGAGUGCAGACACCCCCGCGUCACAUCCCUGGAGUUGUUGAAGUCACCCUCUCCUACAAGUCUAAGCAGUUCUGCAAAGGUGCUCCUGGGCGCUUUGUCUACACUGCCCUUAAUGAGCCAACCAUAGAUUACGGCUUCCAGAGGUUGCAGAAAGUGAUACCCAGACAUCCAGGUGAUCCCGAAAGGUUACCAAAGGAAGUGCUGCUGAAGAGGGCAGCAGACCUUGUGGAAGCCUUGUACGGGAUGCCUCACAACAACCAGGAGAUCAUCCUGAAGAGAGCGGCCGACAUCGCUGAGGCAUUGUACAGUGUUCCCCGCAAUCACAACCAGAUCCCCACAUUGGGCAACACUCCGGCACACACUGGCAUGAUGGGCGUGAACUCCUUCAGCAGUCAGCUAGCUGUUAACGUGUCAGAGACCUCACAAGCCAAUGACCAAGUCGGCUACAGUCGCAAUACAAGCAGCGUGUCCCCGCGAGGCUACGUCCCCAGCAGUACUCCCCAGCAGUCCAAUUACAACACAGUCAGCACUAGCAUGAAUGGAUAUGGAAGUGGCGCCAUGGCCAAUCUAGGGGUCCCUGGCUCGCCUGGAUUUCUUAAUGGCUCCUCCGCUAACUCUCCCUACGGCAUAGUGCCGUCCAGCCCCACCAUGGCAGCCUCUUCGGUCACCCUCCCUUCAAACUGUAGCAGCACACACGGCAUUUUCUCAUUCUCACCUGCCAAUGUCAUCUCCGCAGUGAAACAGAAGAGCGCUUUUGCGCCCGUGGUCCGGCCCCAAGCCUCGCCUCCUCCUUCCUGCACCAGCGCCAACGGGAACGGACUGCAAGGCUCUCUGCUGGGUGCCGAGGACGCAACCGUGGAGAAGACAAACUGGCCCUUUUGUGAAGUCGGUGGUAUAUUCCACUUUGAUGAACUAAUGCUCAAAAAAGGAACUGGAAAGCUAUGUCUGGGCUGGUAGUCCCGCCCAUGUGAGGGACUCUGUUUACCUUCACAGCACCCAGCAUCCAAGGACGGACUUCAGGGGACACAUAGAGUGUGCUAAGACAUGCUGAUGGGAACGAUACCUUCAAAACUGAAAAUCAGCAACAGUUGAAUGCUACAAAAGACAUUUACAGAUUUUAUUUAAACUGUUAAGAAUCAACACGCGAACAAAGCCUACUUCUUCAUGAACAAUUCCAUUUUAUUGACUGAACUUUUCUCAUAUUUUCACAUUUCUCAGUCCUGAAGAUUAAGGAAAACAAAGCGACGCCUAUUUUGUAUAAAGUUUCUGAUUCCGUCUUGGCUGUCUAGUGCGUGCUAUCUGUGUGGGGAGAAGCUUCGUGAAUAUGCACCAUUUUGAUGCCCAUGCAACACUUGAGGAAGAAAGCCUCGAAACAUUUUUCUGUACUCAUAUUUAGAUUCACAAUGGUUGUGUAUCUCUAUAAUGUGAAAUAUUUUUUUGUGGUGAAUAAAAGGGGGCCAAGGAGGUAUGAGCCAUUAACUGGAACAGAGGAGGAUAUGACUAGGUGAAUUUGGGGUGGCAGGGAGGGAGGGAGGGUUUAUCAUUGCUUAACUUCAUCUUAAUGAAAUGAAACUUUGUAACUUAUUGUAGUUAGAAAUUGUAACUUUGAUAUCGAAUCUCUUGCCUUCAACAAGCACACUGACAGAGAAAAAAAAUAUGCUACUGUCUGUUGGUUCCAAUAUUCUCCCACCUAGAGCUUCCUGUUAAAGCAAGUGCGAUCGGCAACAUUUUUUCAACUUUUGCGCACUGUAAACCUAUUGCAUUCUUAGGCUACUGUGAGGUCUAUGUUUCUUGUACCUGAAAUUGUCCUUUUGACUUCUAGACCCUUCUUCCCCGAUGUGUUUUGUAUGUGGUUAUAAAAUUGUAGACUUUUGUGAUUUUGCCAAAGUUGUAGCUAAAUAUUUAUACACUUGUCUUGAAUUUUUUUCUGAUCCACUUAAAAUAUUUAGAAAAAACGAGUUUUAUUCCUUAUGUAUCUUAUAAGGGAUAAAAUGCUCUUUCAUGCAACACUUCCUUUCCCAUGAACACUUGCAGUUGCUAAGGGACUUUAUUUUGUAACAUAUCAAUUAUAAAUAUUGUAUUUAUCUUUGAAAUUUUGUACAUUGCUUUCCCCACCUUCUUUUUUCAUGUCUGUGUUGGUGUUUGAUCCCGCCCAGUGUUGUAACACAGGGAAAGAACAGACACCAAGAACUGUCUCUUUGAUCUGUUUUGUUAAAAUGAAUCAGUGUCCUUACAUUUCAUUUGUACCUAAACCAUUUGCUAUUGUUUAGGCUUUCCAUCCCUUUUUUUAUGUUGAGGAAAAGUCAAAUUCAUUGUUUAUUUUUAUAUUAUUUUUAAGUUAUCUGAACAAAUCCUUUUGAAAAGAAAAGUUUGUUGUAUAGUCAAAAGAAAACGGUGCCAGCGGCCGUGACAAAUCCUAGUAGGUUCUGUGCAUGCGGAGCGGCCGUGAAGGGGCCACACCGUCUGAGGCUGUGUCCUUAUUUUAUUUUUUAUUUUUUACUUUGUUUUUUUGUAGAAUGUAAAAAGAAAAAGUCAUUUUAGCUGCCACCUAGGACUUUGCCACAUAGCUGAACUGUGUUUACUGGAAAAAUUCAGAGGCCUAAAGUUUAAAAUAAAAUUUACUUCCGAUGUUUUAAUUACAAAUGUUUGCCACAUUAACUUCUCUGAUGCCUUAAAAGUGAACUUCUUUGAAGAACUUCUGUGCUACUCUAUCACAGGCUUACACCACAAUUGUUAACAUUUGGAGACUGAUGAUGAACACACACAUGGCACACAUACACAACACACACACACACAACACACACAUGUACACACAAUGCACCACAUAUGCACACAACAUACAUAUACACCACACACACACACACACACACAACAAACAUACACCAUACACACACACACACACACACACACACACACACACCUCAAAAGCACAAAGUUUCAGUCCAUCAGUCACUCCUUCCUGGGUCUGUCUGCUGCUUUCUGACCACUCAAGCCCACCCUGGAGUUAGAAAGGUGUCAGGGGGCACUGCUGGUCUUUUUGAAUUUUAAACAAUACCUUUUUGUGGUCAGAUCCAACAGCACUGUCUGUGCUUUUUUUAACUGGAAAGACCUCCUUCAGACACUGUGCCUGUUAGUGCCAAACCCACCCGUGAGACCAAGAGUCAGGGUUAUUCUUUCUUUGUCCUUCACACCCAUUGCCCCUGCAGACAGCACAAACUUUGUAAACAGCAGCAGAAGUCAUAUUUCAAACAAAGAGGAGGGAAUUUUUAAAACCUAGACGCACACAUAUACAAAGAAACAAUGUAGAGCUUAGAAAGUGUUCAUUCACGGGACUCAAUAAAACAAACAGAAUGUCCCCAGUGGUCAGUGGGUCACACUCUGGCUUGGUGACUCCUGACAGGGCUUAACUACUUGGAACAGCCUGAGAAGUCACUUUGGAACUAAAUUGCCUCGAUUUAUUUUGUGUAAGUAAGGGUUUGACCUAAAAAGAGCUCACGUGCACAUUAGCAAGUACCCUCAUUCCCGGUUUGUGUUUUAGAUCGACUAGUCGAUGCCCUCAUUGCUUCAUAGUGUCAAAAACCAAGAGCUUCACUAAAUGGUAGAUUUUGCUGUCAGAGACCCUACAAUAAGAUUGUUUUAUCUGUACAUUUUUUCAGAUAUUUAACUGUAUAAAAAUGUUCAUUUUACACAAUAUUUAAUUAAAGUAUUUCUUGUCUGUGAA